UGUCACAGGAGAAAUGAAUGAAGUAUUGAAACAUUGAUGAUGUUACCUUUAUAUCAGUUCACUCAUGUUGCUUUGAUAGCUUGGAAAUGUACUGUACUUAUUACUGUAUUCUGACAACUGAUACAUACAUUACAUAUACAUAUAUACAUGUAUAUACUGUAUAUUACCAUGUUGGUUGGUUGUGUAUUUUCAGCGUCUACUGAAUGCAAUGACAACAAUAUUUCACUGGUGUAUUUUCUUGGAAGAUGUUUCAUGUUUUUCUUUUUUUCUGUUGCAUUUUGUACUUUAAAUUCUCUCAUCCAGAUUCCCAGAACACAAUUUUGAGUCUUGCUGGAUGAAGCGAUAAAAAGAUACAAGUUUGGUUAAACUCAAAUACUCAAAUAUAAACAAUUUGACAAAACAUGACACUAAGGCUAAUUCUACAAAAAUGAUUGAUAGCAAAACAGUUAUGCUAAUGCAUAUGCUGUUUAAAGGACCUGAAAUGUCACAACUAUGAUUAAAUUUACUGAUCAUCUAAUUAAAUGAUCAACUUCUACCAAAUGUAGAUAUACAGUAUAUGAUAUACUUUUUAAUUCUUAAUCAGCUUGUUUUUUAUGACAGUUUGGAAAGGACGCAGACAUAGUGAAAAUGCAUGAUGUGUACACUUCAUGUUCUUCUUGAUCUGACUUGUUAUCUGUUGGAUUUUAAAUGCAUUCACUUCAAUUUCAAACAACAAUAUGUUGAUUUUUAUCUUUCAAGUUGAUGCCCUGAUCCCGAGCCUGAGAUGAGUGCUUCUAUUUCUUACUGUUGGAAAGAAAUGAAUGUUCACAACUUUUAGCUCACGAAAACAAUGUCCAACAGUUGCUUCAUAUGUUUUGGUAGUAAAAAUGUAGAGGGUGAAUUUGAAUAUAUAUGAUUAAUACAGAUAAAAAUACUGUAGAUGAGAAGAAAAAGAACUGUGGAAAUUGUCAUGAUGCAGUUUAAAUAGUGUUUAUCUCACACUCACUGUUGGGGUCCUCUGCCACACAUCAUAAUGUACAGUAAUGUAAAGUGAUGCUGUAAUGGAAUAUAAUAAUGACUGUGUUUGUUGUGAGACUUGCAUUACAACAUUUUAACAAUUGACUUUUUGAAAAAAGUACAAUGCUUCCCUUCAACAGCAAGACAUUCAAUUAAAACUUUUUCUCAGUUUAACAAAUGAUCUUCAGCCUUCAAGAGAUGAACGUGUCAUCUGCCAAUGUGACCGUGGUUAUAGAGUAUCGAGACUCCUUCACUAAAGCUGUGACCAAGAAUGUGAUUGUUGUGGUUCUCGGGAUCUCCAUCAACUACAUCAAUGCAGGCCUCAUUCACACCUUUCGCAAACACCAGAUCUUCUACACAAAUCCUCGGUAUAUCCUUUUCAUUCACCUGGUGGUCAACGACAUGAUCCAAGUGACGCUGACCAUCAUCCUGUUCAUCAUCAGCUACACCAUCUACAAAAUAAAUGUCUCUGUCUGUUGCGUCUUCAUCCUGAUUGCUCUUUUCGCCACUGAGAACACCCCUCUGAACCUGGCCUGCAUGGCGGUGGAGUGUUACAUCGCCAUCUGCAUCCCCCUUCGCCACGUGCAGAUCAGUACCGUCAAGAGAACAUUAAUGCUGAUCGGUUUAAUCUGGGUGACUAGCAUGUUGUCUGUUCUUCCUGAUCUGUUCAUCACCUUGGCCACACAGCCACUGGACUUCUUUCAUUCACGAGUGUUCUGCCUCAGGGAAACUGCAUUUCCAAACCCCCACAUUAUCAAGAAGAGGAAUAUUACCUAUAUUGUGUAUCUGGUUCUAGUUUGGUUUGUUAUCUUUUACACGUACUUCAAGAUCCUGUUCACUGCAAAAACAGCUAGCAAAGAUGGUAAAAAAGCCAGAAACACAAUCCUUCUCCAUGGUUUUCAGGUGCUGCUGUGCAUGGCAACAUAUGCAGAACCCCUGUUAAAACAAGCUCUGCAGCAAUGGUUCCCUAAGAAUUAUCCAGACUCCCUCUUCGCUUGUUACAUUAUAGUACAGGUCCUGCCACGAUCCAUUAGCCCAAUCAUCUAUGGCAUACGAGACAAUACUUUCAGGAGGUACCUGAAAAGGCAUCUGUUGUGUAAAGUCAGCCCACAAUGAGCAUCAGUUCACGGAUUAUAAUACGGACGGCUUUCAAACAUGGAGUCAGUUCCAUCUGUUGAGUUAGAAACAACAUGUUUGGUCAAAAUUUUGUUACUGAGACUGAAUUUGUUCAUUUUUGUUUAUGAAAUUAUGGCAAAGCAGUUGUUUAACUAUGGUGUGUUAAAUCUCAAUACUUCUUUGGUACCAACCAAAAUGUGUCUUGCACAGUAGAGUAUCAAAAAUAGUUAAGUAAAGAUACAGUAGGUGGCAUUGAAUGCUUGUUCAUAUUCUUAAUGAAAGACUUAAUGUACUUUAGUUCUCUUGUAUAUGUAUAAAUAAUACCUUCAGUUGACUUUUUACUGUAUCUUUGGUAUUUCUGAAUUAAUUCAUUAAACUCAAAUUUUUAUAUAUUCUU